AUGGAAUUUACUUCGCCGGUACAACGUCGUCUCGAAAUCGUUCAAUCUCACCUCGAUUCUUCUCCGUCCAACGUUCCAACCUCUCUCUUCCUCAACUCCACCGCUUCCGCUUUUCCCGAGGAUGGCUACAGUGUUGUGCUUCCAGAAAAGCUUGACACUGGGAAAUGGAACGUUUACAGAUCUGCAAGGUCGCCAACGAAGCUCGUUAGCAGAUUCAAGGAUCAUCCUGAAAUCGGGACUUUACAUGACAACUUUCUACAUGCUGUUGAAUCAUUUCCUGAUAACAAGUAUCUUGGUACACGUGUUCGGCCUGAUGGAACCAUUGGAGAGUACACAUGGAUGACAUAUGCGGAAACAGCUUCUGCACGAGAAGCAAUAGGUUCAGGACUUUUGUUUCACGGAAUUGACCAAGGAGCUUGCAUUGGACUCUAUUUUAUCAACAGACCAGAGUGGAUGGUUGUGGAUCAUGCUUGCGCAGCAUACUCAUUUAUCUCUGUUCCUUUAUACGACACACUUGGUCCAGACGCUGUUAAGUUUGCUGUGAACCAUGCUACUAUUCAGGCUAUAUUUUGUGUACCUGAAACCUUGAAUACUUUGCUAAGUUUCCUAUCGGAAAUCCCAUCCAUUCGUCUUGUUGUGGUGGUGGGAGGAGCGGACGAGCAUUUGCCAUCACUUCCUGCAGGAUCUGGAGUUAAAAUUGUAUCAUACCAAAAGCUAAUGAGUCAGGGUCGCACUAGCUUACAUCCCUUCAUCCCUCCAAAGCCUGAAGACAUUGCAACCAUAUGCUACACAAGUGGAACCACAGGAACACCAAAGGGUGUUAUGCUAACUCAUGGAAACUUGAUCGCAAAUGUCGCCGGUUCCGCAACGGAUAAUGACUUUUUACCUGAUGAUAUUUACAUAUCAUAUCUUCCUUUGGCACACAUAUAUGAACGUGCAAACCAGAUUAUGGGUGUGUAUGGUGUUGCUGCUAUCGGUUUCUAUCAGGGGGAUCAUCUCAAACUGAUAGAUGAUUUGGCUGUGUUAAGGCCAACAGUGUUCUGUAGUGUCCCUCGCUUAUACAAUCGAAUAUAUGAUGGAAUUACAAAUGCUGUAAAAGCAUCCGGACCUGUGAAAAGAAGGCUUUUCCAAGUUGCGUUUAACGCAAAGAAGCAAGCGAUCAUGAAUGGUCGGAUUCCGUCUCCAUUUUGGGACAGACUGGUGUUCAACAAAAUAAAAGACAAGCUUGGUGGACGUGUUCGCUUCAUGGGGUCUGGUGCUUCUCCAUUGUCACCCGAUGUCAUGGAUUUCUUGAGAGUAUGCUUUGGAUGUUCGGUGCGUGAAGGGUAUGGUAUGACCGAGACUUCCUGUGUCAUAAGCGCUAUGGACGAAGGUGACACUGUAUCUGGCCACGUCGGAUCCCCUAAUCCAGCGUGUGAGGUAAAACUUGUGGACGUUCCUGAAAUGAAUUACACAUCAGAAGAUCAACCAUACCCACGUGGUGAAAUCUGUGUUAGAGGGCCAAUCGUCUUCAAAGGCUACUACAAAGAUGAAGAACAAACGAGAGAAAUGAUUGAUGUGGAUGGCUGGCUUCACACCGGAGAUAUCGGGCUGUGGUUACCCGGUGGUCGGCUCAAGAUCAUUGACAGGAAGAAAAACAUAUUUAAGUUGGCGCAAGGGGAAUAUAUAGCACCAGAGAAAAUCGAAAAUGUUUAUGCCAAGUGUAAAUUUGUUGCCCAGUGUUUCAUUCACGGUGAUAGCUUCAAUUCCCAUCUGGUUGCUGUAGUUUCAGUAGAUCCAGAUGUUAUGAAAGAUUGGGCUGCAUCGCAAGGCAUCAAGUAUGAGCAUAUCGGAGAGCUUUGUAACGAUGCAAGAGUGCGUAAGGCUGUUCUGUCCGAGAUGGACAACGUUGGAAGAGAAGCUAAGCUGAGAGGAUUUGAGUUUGCAAAGGCUGUGACUUUAGUGGCAGAACCAUUCACCUUAGAGAAUGGACUUCUGACACCAACAUUCAAGAUAAAGAGACCUCAAGCAAAAGCUUACUUUGCAGAUGCAAUAUCCAACAUGUAUGCAGAAAUCGCAGCCUGGGACCCUAUUCCCUCUAAAAUGUGA